AUGGUGAGCGAAGUAUGGGAUCUUAUUGAACAUACACUAUUGGCAUGUGUUCGUUCUAAAGUUCAUAAAAUACGUGGAGAUUUACAAGCUGUUUGUUAUAAUCCCCACACACGUUGCUUAUUAUUUGCAAGUGAACAAAUUUCAUUUUUAAAUCUUAAAUUACGACCUUAUUUACAUGCUGAUGUUGUUGUUUCACAUUAUGAACCUGUACUUGGUUUACUUUUUAUAAAAGAAUUUAAACAAAUUAUUUCAUGUACAGAAAGUGGAGUUAUACGUUUAUGGGACUUUCUAACUGGAAGACAAGUACAUGAAUUUCGAGCACAUAAUGGUCAAGCUGUAACAUCCAUGGCUUUAGAUACAACAGAACGAAGAUUAAUAACAGGCAGUCGAGAUGGAACAUGUUGUAUAUGGAAUGUUCAUAAUGGACAAUUAUUAAAAAUAUUUAAAAAACCACGUGAUUCACUUGAAAUAACUGAUGUGACUUUUGUUGUUGUUAAUAAUAAUUGUUCAAUAUUAGCUGUUGGAUGGGAUAAACAUGUCAAUGUUUUUAAAGAUGAUCGUGAACAUAUAAAACAAGUUUGUUUUCCAGAAGAUCAAUUUGUUGGUGAUAGUCAAUAUGAAGGUCAUAAAGAAGAUAUAUUAUGUAUUGAUAAAUCUCAAGGUGAUUUAAUUGCAACUGGUGAUUAUGGUGGAACAAUUAUUAUAUGGAAUAUGGCAAGUAAAAAAAUAUUUGCUUGUCUAAAAGAUACUACUGAAAAAAGUAAAAAUUCUGAAGAAAAUGGAAAUGAUCGAGUUAUUAGUCGUGUAACAUUUAUUGAUUCAAGAUUUGGUCGACAUGAUAUAGCUAAUUUAAUUGCUAGUGGACCUUAUGGUCAUAUUCAUUUUUGGAAUAUUUAUAAAAAUGGUGUAUUAAUGGCUAAAUUUCGACCGAAUAAAGAAAGAAUGACAACAGUAACACAAAUAAAACUCGAUCCUGCAUGUUGUCUUUUAUUUGCUGCUGAUUCAUUAGGGUUUUUAUUUAUCUAUGAAGUCGAACAUUAUGCACUUAAAUAUGAAUCCGAUCCACCUCGUUGUGUUCGAACUUGGCGUGCUCAUAUUGAUAGUGUAACAGGUCUUGAAUAUAUUGAUCAAACUCAAGUACUUAUUUCUUCGGCACUCGAUUGGACCAUACGUCUUUGGAAUCUUCAAGGAAAUUUUAUAGGAACAUUUGGACAAACUAUUCCAUGGAAUUUAUAUGAUCCAGCAACAUAUCAACAUCCAUUGGUUCCAUUAGAUGUACUAACUGAUCCAAAAAGUUUACCACAAAAUCAACAGAUCGUAGAAGAAAAAGACAAAGCAUCAGCACCUGUACCAACAAUAGUUAUACAUAAACAAGCUGUUAUAGAUGAUGAAACAAUUGCUAAUAAUGUUCGUGACACACUUGAUAAAUUACGUCAUAGUCACUCAGCAGGAUUUCCUGGAAAAAGACUUCGAUAUUUUCGUGAAAAACCUCCUGUUUCAAUACGUCGUGAUGGUUCAAGUCACUAUCAACAUUUGCGUUUUUAUCCAGUUGAUGAUAAUCCUCCACUAUCAACAACAAGCAAUACUGUCCAUUUUGCUAAUACAGUUAAAUUAUAA